AUGUUAGUUUGUGGGGGAACAAUUGCAAAAGAGCUUGCAGAUAAUUUCAGCAACCUAACCUUCACUCACUAUCGAUGUGCGCUCACGUACUUAAUCUUGCGGUUCAACAAGGACUUCAACAAAUCAGUGAAAUGCGCUCACGUACUUAAUCUUGCGGUUCAACAAGGACUUCAACAAAUCAGUGAAAUUAUCGGAAAAGUCCGAAAUAUGAUGACUGAUGUACGAUCCUCCGCACCGACUAUUACAUCUUUAAAAGCAUUAUGCGUUCUUAAAGAAAUCAAUUAUCUUGCUCCUAAUAUUCACGAUAUUAUUGUAUUGCUAGAGCCAAUCAAACGUGCUACGCUUUUCCUCUCUGCAUCAAAAUAUCCCACGCAUGGAGACAUCCGACUAUGUUUUUUGGCAAUAUUAGAAAAUCUUGAGAAUGAGUUUUUCACUCAGUCAGCGGCUGCUAACAGCAUCUACAAUAAACUCAAAGACUAUUGGCCUAUUUUAGAUCACACAUCUCAAAUAUCUGCUAUCUUGGAUCCACGCUCUAAGCUAUCAGCAUUUAAAAACGAUAACAAAAAUGCAGCCAUCACUGAUGGAUCUAUAGUACACUUUAAUUCUGAAGCCACCCUUACUUCAAGCAACAAUUCUUCCAUGUACACAAAUGAAUGGCUACUAAUUUAUGCCGAGUUAACACGUUAUUUGUCAGCUCCAUUGGAAGAUAAAGUAGAUCCACUGCUUUUGUGGCAUGCUCAACAAAGUGUGUAUCCAAUUCUAUCACUUAUGGCACGGGAUUACUUGUCAGUUCAAGCAACAAGUGUUGCUUCUGAACAAGCAUUUUCAGUUGCAGGACAGACAAUAACAUCUCAGCGUAAUCGUCUAGAUCCUGAUACU